UCCCCGCACUGACAGCGGUAUAAAUACAGACGAUAGUGCCGGUUCUUUUCUCUUCUUCUCCAUCAACAACCCUACCCCAUUCACACUAAACUACAUACACACACACGUACAUUCAUACACACAUACACACAUCAUCAUGAAGAGCAACACCCCUGCUUCCCCACACCACAGUGUCGCCGCCGAUAAGAUCGACGACACCUUCAAGGAAUAUAUCGACCUUGCGGCCGACUCUCGUGGAGGCAAGAUCAUCACCCUAACGGACGAAUUCUUUGCAGACGCCAAGAACCUCAUCAAGCCCACGGCUCCGAUCUCCCGCCCGGGCCACUUUGUCUCGACGGGCGCCUGGUACGAUGGCUGGGAAACCCGCCGUCACAACCCCCACUACGACUGGGUCGUGAUUCAGCUCGGAUAUGCGGGCACGAUCGCGGGCUUUGAGAUCGACACCACCUUCUUCACAGGAAACCACGCCCCCUUUGCCUCUGUCGAGGGAUUCAAGGACACCGCCACGCGAGCGACGGAUAAGCAGCCCGCCACCACCACCCGUACACAUGAGGAAUGGGCGACCGUGGAGUGGACACCGAUUUUGGCCAAGGUUCCUUUGAACCCGAACGCUCGUCAUGGAUUCAAGUUGGAAAAGCCGACGACGGAGUAUUAUACCCAUCUCAGGUUCUCUAUCUACCCCGAUGGUGGAGUCUCCCGCUUCCGUGCCUAUGGAACCGUGCACCAGGUCAUCCCCGAGAACAAGCAUGAGAUCUAUGAUCUCGCCUCUGCGGCCGCGGGGGCGAGGGUUAUAGAGUUCUCGGACGCACAUUAUGGACACCCCUCGAAUAUGCUCCUCCCCGGUCGCGGACACGAUAUGUCGGACGGUUGGGAGACCAAACGCUCGCGUACGCCCGGACAUGUGGACCACGCGAAGAUCAAGCUCGGACAACCUGGACAUGUGACCAACAUCGAGAUCGACACAGCACACUACAAGGGUAACCCACCCAAGGCCGUGACGAUUGCGGGUUUUGAGUUGCAUUCGGAUGAACCGAUUUUGUUGUUGGAUCAGGUUCCGGUGGGACCACACCGACAGCAUUUCUUUGAGGUCGCGCCGGAUUUGACGGAGAAGAGGAUUGCGAUGAUUAAUGUGAUCAUGAUCCCGGACGGGGGUAUCAAGCGAGUUCGGAUUUGGGGUGCGUCGCAGUUGCCGGCUGUUCAGCCUGUGGACUCGUUGAUGGGCGUGAGGCAGGAAUUGGAGGAUGAGCAUACGUGGAACGAGGAUAAGCACCACAAGCACUAGAGAUGGAAGGAAAGAAGGAAAGAAGGAAAGAAGGAAAGAAGGAAAGAAGGAAAGAAGGAAAGAAAGA